GGCGCUGCGUCUCCCAACUCUUCCUUUUUAAAAGACCGCUUCAUCGCUCUCUCCUUCACUUGCCAUUCUUUUCCCUCAUUCCUCCUUCCUCUGUUUCUACUCCCCAACGCCUCACUGCUCCCAAUCUCAUCUCUUUUCUUCCUUCUUCCUUUCUCAAGAUGGGAUCUCAACAGAAUGAUGGCACGAGCUACCAGCCUUCGGAGCCCAAGCCGUGCGCCAACAACUGUGGAUUCUUUGGUACCGCCGGCACCAUGAACCUCUGCUCUAAAUGUUACAGAGACUUCCAAAUCAAAGAGCAGCAAGCCGCUUCCGCUAAAGCCGUCAUGGAGAAAUCACUCAACCCUAGAUCCGCUCACUCGUCUGAUAAGGCGCUGAAAUCGGACCCUUCAGCGCAAUUCCUUUUUGGAACUCCUUCGGAAGCAUCGUCUUCGUCGCCCGUGGUUCUCGGUGGCGAUCAAGGGCAGCCGAAGGCGGCGAACCGUUGUAGCAGUUGUGACAAGAAGGUUGGGUUGGGUGGAUUCACGUGCAAGUGUGGGAGCACUUUCUGCGGGACGCAUCGUUAUCCGGAGAAGCACGAGUGUACAUAUGACUUCAAGAUUUCUGGCCGUGAUGCGAUUGCCAAGGCUAAUCCAGUGGUAAAAGCCCCCAAACUAAACAAGAUUUAGAAUUUGCCUCCGUCCUGCAACUUGUGUUUUACUUGAUUAGCGCAUUGGAAAACGGUUUGGUUUAUUUCUCUUUCAUUGGCUCUUCUUAGCUACUAGCAGUUUGGUAGAAUUAGAUUGGACGGUCCAAUAAUAAAUCUGAUGCGCCUGCAUAAUUAUAGUCACUGAAUAUUUGAAGUGGUUACCUACUUGUGCUUUCAUCA